UUAUGCUGCCAUGUAGGCCAGCAGAGAACACCACCCCUCCGCCAUGAGCUUCUCGUACGCCUCCAUCUUUCGGGCGUGCUCCAUGGCGGGGAGUGGCAGCCAGCCCAUGGCCGGCUGGGGCGGGGGAGGGGGCGGCAUGUAGUAGACGGCCGGCAUGUAGUAGAUGGGCUGGGCAAUCAGCUGGAUGGGGGCGGGGGCACGCAGGGCUGCGGGCGCGGGGGCGGGGGCGGCGGGUCGUGCAGCGGCCACACGAGGUUUGACGGGGUGGGCCGGCACGUAGAUCGGCCCGGCCUGUGUGUACCAACACACCAAGGGAGGUGGAUUCAUUCGGUGUGCUGUGUUUCGGCGGUGUGCAUUGUCCGUUGUGCACUGUUCGCUCACCGCUUGCAGCUGCUGUGUGUGCCGAGGGAUUGCCGAUGUCAGCAGGGAGGGGGACGACCUAGCCCGUCGAAGGGCCAGCCGAGCCCCCCUUUCUCUGCACCGGUGGCGGGUCCGUCUCGGCUUCAUUACGGCAUAGAUCCUAACCACGGCCCUGCAACCAAAGACACAUGGAUAGCCUCGGUGGAUGGAUGGAUGGUGUUUGUAUAGUGGUUCUUUCUCACCCUGUCAUGAAUAUGGUGACGAAGAUGAGCAGUAUCAGUCGUACGAGCAGCGACGUGCCUGACAGCCGGCCGACCACCACCUGCUUCAGCUCCCGGAACGUCCUGGCUCGUCUGGGCAGAGGAUACACCUCCGUCUCGCUCUCGGUCAUGACGGCCCUCUGGGUGGCGGUGUUCAGGCCCGCGGUGGACAGAUCAGCACUGCGCACACACACACACACACAAUCCAAUCGAAGCACCACCUUCAUCAGUAAUCCAUCAUUGCCUUCCUCACUUGGUCUCGACGAGGCGACGACACCGCAGCGACAUGGUGAGACCCUGCCGUCUGGCGCACUCCCGCAGCCGCGUGCGAAGAUCUGUCUGUCUGUCGUGCAUGCCGCCAAACAUGACUGAGCCGUGGGGGAUGAACAGCUGCUGAAGGCUGUUGAUCGCCAUGCCCAUCAUCUCAAUCAUCCCAGUCAUCACCGUCGGCUGCGGGGUGGACAGAUCAGCACUGCACACACACACACGCACAAUCCAAUCGAACCACCACCUCCACAUCCAUCAUCGCCUUCCUCACUUGGUCUUGACAAGGUGACGACACCGCAGAGAGACCGUCAGACCCCGCCGUCUGGCGCACUCCCGCAGCCGCGUGCGAAGGUCUGUCUGUCUGUCUGUCUUGCGGGCCAGUGGUGCCAGGGACAGCAGGCAUGUCUGGCGGCACAUGAGGUGCAAAGGUGGAUGGCGGCCUUGUCUCCCUCUCACGCACGCCCUCCCUCCCGACGCCCCGCUUCUCGUUGGUUCCUGCAUGUGGCGGGUGCGGCUGUCUCUGCCGCGUCGUCCCAAUGAGAGUGAACCCCUCGAUUUGCCCCUGAUGGCCCUCGUGGGCAACGAGGGCCAUCUCGCUGCCCACGUCGGGCUCUCUCUGCUUGUGGCCGGGAAGGUGAUUGUGCCGGUGCAGGUGCCAGUGGUCGUUCAGCUUGACGAUCGCUGCCGCGUCGCCCCCGACGGGGUCGCACUCGGGCGGGAUGAGGGGGGUGUACUCCAUGCUGCCGACGUGAGAGGGGCCAUGCUCCUUGCCCCACACAGUGCCCUUCAGAGCGUACCUGACCAGACCAAUCAGACAAGGAGAUACAUGGCAUGGAUGUGGCGAGUGGCUGGUCCUCGACCAGCAGCCCGGCGUGCGGUGCGGCCGUGACGUCGGGACCAACGGAAGACACCGACGGGUCAGACUCUGACACACAUCCAUCGACCCACACACACAGAGGUGAGAUGAGCUCCAUGUGUGUCUCUGUGUGUUGUGGCUGGUGGGUUGGCUGACCUGUGACAAUCUCAUGGUCGACCUCGGCGUUAGUCGCAGUAGGGUCUGCAAAUGAAGUGUCCUGCACACACAAACCACACAUCUCCCAUCCAGCCCUUCUCCUUGUCUCUUCUCUCUCUUCCCCUCACCGGCUUGAUGAACAGCCACCGUCUCAUCGUCUCCAGCUCCCACUUGACAUAGCCGGUCUCCACCCCGCCCGAUGGCGCCGUGCGGCUCAAAACUCUCUCUACGUGUUGUGCACACACAGAGGACGCCUUGAUGUCUCUUUGUGUCUUCGCCUCCUUACGCGCAGAGAGACAUGUUCUGACGGCACAUCCACAUGUCGAUGAUCAGUCGUCGAAUAUAAAAUGCAAGCAGCGAUGUCUGAACACACACACGGACAGAUGAGAUGCGUGUGUGUGACGGGACAGCUCUCUGCACAUGUCUCCACUCACCUGCAGCCGACCCCGGAGAGCUCGCCACUUUUCUCUUAAUUAUCAACAU